GUCUGACGCGGAGAGAUAACAUUACCCAGCAUGCCCCAGAGUUUUCAAGAUGGAGGCCAUUAGUAAACACGACUUUAAUGCAACUGCUGAAGAUGAACUAAGUUUUAAGAAAAAUAGUGUACUGAAGAUCCUCAGUACCAAAGAUGAUAAAAAUUGGUUUAAGGCGGAAAUAAAUGGAAAAGAAGGAUACAUCCCCCAUAAUUACAUUCAGUUUACAAAUAGGCCAUGGUUUUACGGAAAGAUUUCCAGAGCGAAAGCUGAAGAAAUUUUAAUGGGACCAGACCAGCAUGAUGGGGCAUUUUUAGUUCGGGACAGUGAAAGUGCUCCUGGAGAAUUCUCUAUAUCUGUUAAAUUUGAUAAUGGUGUGCAACAUUUUAAAGUCUUACGAGAUGGCAAUGGUCACUAUUUUUUGUGGGUGGUAAAAUUUAAUUCAAUUAAUGAAUUGGUUGAUUAUCACAGAUUAUCAUCUGUUAGCAGAACUCAAAAUAUAACGCUUACGGAUAUGGUACAACAACCUACAUAUGUGGAGGCCAAGUUUGAUUUUGAGCCACAGAGUCAAGAUGAAUUAGCUUUUAAAAGACGUGACAUAAUUCGAGUGAUAGAAAAGGUCGAUGAAAAUUGGUGGAAAGGAGAGCUCAAUGCCCAAGUUGGUGUCUUCCCUAUAACAUAUGUUGAAGUGAAACAAGGUUAUGAACCCUGAAUUUGGUUGUUACUUGUGAUUGAUAAAAGACUCAUUGGACUUGUCAUUGAAACAAGGAUGAAGGGAUGAUCUCCCUUUGUUUGUGCGACUGACUGCAUCAUGUGGAUGAAAUGAUUCUGGUUUUUUUUUUCCAAUUUCCCUGCAUUUUAAAAGAAAUGCUACAAGUAGUUAUGCUGUUGAUGUGUUACAAUUCUAGUUUAAUUUGUUUAUUACAUGUGAGCAGCAAGCAAUGAUUUGUGUAACAAAAUCUGUGAUUCUUAUCUCGAAAAUGGUAAAUAUAUCUUCUUGUCAUGACAAUACUUGUAAAGAAAAACCCCAAUCCUUCCUUUUCUGUAUCUUCCAGUCUAAAGAAAAAUGGUAAAAAAAAUGGUAAACCUCCUCUGUUGUGUGAAUGCGUUAAGCUGAUAGUAUCGUAUCAAUAUGAAUAACUUGAAUUAUGAAUGUGUUGUAAUGUAUAUAUCAAAUGAAUUGUUCCAUAAAUCAAAUAGAUAUUUGUUGAAGCUGUUUGAACUCAAAAAAACUCGUAGGUGACCUCAUGUAUAUUAUUUAUAUUCUCUCUUAAAGGGAGGUAAUUCCUGUUGAUGCUGCAAUAGGUGUAGGUCUCAAUGAACGAACGCAGGUCGAAUCCAGUUUAGUAAAUCAUGUCAUAAUUAUAGAAAUAGAUCAUUGGACAGGGUUGAUAUAACAAUACUCAGUAUCAAGCAAUCAUAAUAAAUGACUGUAACUAGCAAUAACAGAUCAAAAUAGAUACAAAUUAAAUUGUUUUUUUUUUUAAUGUGAAGACAUUUUGAUUAAUUCAAUAAUUGACAUGGAACAGUCUUGAAUACAUUUUAUGUAAUUUUUCAUUUUUAACAGUCAUUGUGAUUUUCUUCGAUAAAGGGUAGGUUUCUAUUUUACAUGUUGACUGUGAGCCAGUCCCUCCCUUUUUUUUUAGUAUUUUAUAAAAAAAAAAAUGAAACUUAAUUUUAGUUUGAUUAAAUCAUGGAUGUCCUGACUUAGUUUUAAGUUUAAUUAAUGAACGUGUAUAUUUUUUAUUUGAAGAGAUGUUUUUUGUAUUGUAGUGAACUGAUUUCUUUUGUAUAGUCAUUGUUUUCUACCUAUCUCUAUAUAUAUGUAUAUUAUAAUAAGAAUACAGAUAAACUUAUAUAUAUUCGGCAGGUCCUUAGAUCAAUAUUUGUUGUGGUGAAAGCUCUUUUGUAAUUAAUUACUCUCCCUCUGUAUACCUUUUAAUAAUACAAUCUACACAUAACCUCAUUUGAUCAUUUUAAACUUGCAGGCACUUUAAUUGUACAGUGGCUUAUUAUAUAGUAGGAGAAUUACAACGUCACUCGAUGAGCUGGAGUAAAUAAUCGUAGAAUUCAUCAGCACAGGAUUAAAUCCCUCAUCUUUAUAAGUAUUGUGUUGAUUAAUGUCUUCACUGAUUUAAGUUUUGUGUUGUUGAAUUUUAUGUUGUACAUGUAUGUACUCCGUCAAGAUGAACACCCUCUUGGGUGUCUUAUUAGGAUAAAGUUAUCAUAAUAAUAUGUUACAUGUAUGUCGUAAAUAAUGUUGUGUUAUCAUUAGGGCUAUUUCAUUUAAAAUAUGUAAGGGUACACCAUUUUUUUUUUAACCUUGCACCAAUGUGAUUUAUGUACUUACAACCAUACCACCAAUUCAUUUUCUUCCCAAAAUUUGUAUCCAAAACAUGUUUUGAAAACCCUUUAUCCAACACUAACAGAAUGAAGUUUUUAUACACCCACAAUUGGUGUUGACUUACAUUUCAAGAUCUGUUCUACCCAUUCCUUGUUAAUUGGAACAGCCCUAACAUGUAUCUUGUUGUAUAAAUUAUAUAUUAUAACAUAUGAUAUCAGUAUUAUUAUAUACACCAUCUACUGCCUGAUUGCUACUAUAUAGCGGCCAUCUUAUUGUGAAGCCAUGUUAUGUAAUAUUUAUGACUUAAAGUGCCUGUAGGUGGAUCAGAUUAAAUUAUGAUGAUUUAGGUAUAUUAAAGCAACCUACCAUCAUAUUUAAAUCUGCUUAACUUGUAGUGAUGUAGUAAUAAACUCCAACUGUAUAUUAUUCACUGUAGUUAUUAUGUAUGGCACUGUUGCUUUACAACAUGUAUAUUUAGCUUUUGCUUACCAAUAAAUAGUAAAAUCAA